GCCGGGGUGGCCGGAUGACGUGGCUGAGUCAGAGGAAGAGGCUCGGAGGCCGGGGGGCGGGGGUGGCACGGAGCGGGCGGUGACGGCGGCGGAGGCAGCGGCUGGGCCCGGGCCCCGUGCGUCUGUCCGCGCCCGGUGGAUGUGAAUCGGCGGCGGCGGCGGCGGAGGAGUCGGUGGGCCGGCGCCCGGCCUGUGGGAGCGCGGAGGAUGAGGCCGCUGCCGGGCGCUCCUGGCGUGGCGGCGGCCGCGGCGUUGUUGCUGCUGCUGCUGCCCCGGGCUCGGUCUGACGAGCACGAACACACGUAUCAAGAUAAAGAAGAAGUUGUUUUAUGGAUGAAUACUGUUGGGCCCUACCACAAUCGCCAAGAAACCUAUAAAUACUUUUCACUUCCAUUCUGUGUAGGGUCAAAAAAAAGUAUCAGUCAUUACCAUGAAACUUUGGGAGAAGCGCUUCAAGGAGUUGAAUUAGAAUUUAGUGGCCUGGAUAUUAAAUUUAAAGAUGAUGUGAUGCCAGGUACUUACUGUGAAAUUGACUUAGAUAAAGAGAAGAGGGAUGCAUUUGUGUAUGCUAUCAAGAAUCACUAUUGGUACCAGAUGUACAUAGAUGACUUACCAAUAUGGGGUAUUGUUGGUGAAGCAGAUGAAAAUGGGGAAGAUUACUAUCUUUGGACCUACAAAAAACUUGAAAUAGGCUUUAAUGGAAAUCGAAUUGUUGAUGUUAAUCUAACCAGUGAAGGAAAGGUCAAAUUGGUUCCAAAUACUAAAAUACAGAUGUCAUAUUCAGUAAAAUGGAAAAAAUCAGAUGUAAAAUUUGAAGAUCGAUUCGACAAAUAUCUUGAUCCAUCUUUUUUUCAACAUAGGAUUCACUGGUUUUCAAUUUUCAAUUCCUUCAUGAUGGUGAUUUUCUUAGUGGGUUUAGUUUCAAUGAUUUUAAUGAGAACUUUAAGAAAAGAUUAUGCCCGAUACAGUAAAGAAGAAGAAAUGGAUGACAUGGACAGAGACCUAGGAGAUGAAUAUGGAUGGAAGCAGGUGCAUGGAGAUGUGUUUAGACCAUCAAGUCACCCUCUGAUAUUUUCUUCUCUCAUUGGUUCUGGAUGUCAGAUAUUUGCUGUGUCUCUCAUUGUUAUUAUUGUUGCCAUGAUAGAGGAUUUAUAUACAGAGAGGGGAUCGAUGCUCAGUACAGCCAUAUUUGUCUAUGCUGCUACGUCUCCAGUGAAUGGGUAUUUUGGAGGAAGUCUGUAUGCUCGACAAGGAGGGAGGAGAUGGAUAAAGCAGAUGUUUAUUGGAGCAUUCCUUAUUCCAGCUAUGGUGUGUGGCACUGCCUUCUUCAUCAACUUCAUAGCCAUUUAUUAUCAUGCUUCUAGAGCCAUUCCUUUUGGAACAAUGGUGGCCGUUUGUUGCAUCUGUUUUUUUGUCAUUCUUCCUCUAAAUCUUGUUGGUACAAUACUUGGCCGAAAUCUGUCAGGUCAGCCCAACUUCCCUUGUCGUGUCAAUGCUGUGCCUCGUCCUAUACCGGAGAAAAAAUGGUUUAUGGAGCCUGCAGUUAUUGUUUGCCUGGGAGGAAUUUUACCUUUUGGUUCAAUCUUUAUUGAAAUGUACUUCAUCUUCACUUCUUUCUGGGCAUAUAAGAUCUACUAUGUUUAUGGCUUCAUGAUGCUGGUGCUGCUCAUCCUGUGCAUUGUGACCGUCUGUGUGACCAUCGUGUGCACAUACUUCCUGCUAAAUGCAGAGGACUAUAGGUGGCAAUGGACAAGUUUUCUCUCCGCCGCAUCAACUGCAAUCUAUGUUUACAUGUAUUCCUUUUACUACUAUUUUUUCAAGACAAAGAUGUAUGGCUUAUUUCAAACAUCAUUUUACUUUGGAUAUAUGGCGGUAUUUAGCACAGCCUUGGGGAUAAUGUGUGGAGCAAUCGGUUACAUGGGAACAAGUGCCUUUGUUCGAAAAAUCUAUACUAAUGUGAAAAUUGACUAGACACCUGAGACAACCUGGAGCUUCGGAUCAGUUUCUCUUUCAUGAGGGUGGAACUUGCACAGAAAAGAAAAAUAAGCGCAAGAAGAGAUUUGGGCUUAACACUGGGUACUUGUGGGUCUCUUUCAUGGAUGGCUUAAAGUAACAUCUAUUUCCAUUGAUCCUAGGUUCUUACUGACUGCUUUCUCCAACUGUUCACAGCAAAUGCUUGGAUUUUAUGCAGUAGGCAUUACCACAGUACAUGGCUAAUCUUCCCUAAACUAGCUCAUUAAAGAUGGAAUAGACCAGCUCUCUUCAGUGAAGAGGACAAAUAGUUUAUUUAAAGCAUUUGUUUCAACAAAAGAACUAGAGGGAAACUUGGAUGCUAAGAUUCCAUGAGUAGAAAUCUUCUUGGCACUUGGUGUUUCUAUGUUAUUGAAAAAUGAUGUUCCAGAAAGAUUAUUUUUUCUCUUAUUUUUACUGCCAUUGUUGAUCUAUUGUGGGACAUUUUUAUAUAUUGAACCUGGGUUGUUUUGGACCUGUUUUUGGUCGUCCCUCCAUUCAACUGCAUCUUUUUUUUUAAAGCAAAAUUAAAAACUAUUAAAUUCUGCAUGGGAUUUAUCUUCUGUCAUCUUAAUCUUAGUUGGAUCAACCUCAUUUAUUUAUCUUAAAAUUAACCAGUUAUAAUAUCUCAAUUCCAUCCAAAGAAAAUACAGUAUGAAAAUAGAGGUGUACUCUCUAUAAUGCAAUUUACUGUACAGUUAGCAAGCAAAGUGUUAAAUGAAGAAGAUACUUGUUUUAUUAAACAUCUGGAGAUUUAGAUAAAUUACAUUUUAACUGAAUGUCUAAAGUGAUUAUCUUUCCCUCCCUCCCCCAAGUUAGUCUUACAUCUUUUUUUGGGUUUCAAUGAAGGCUUUACAUAAGAAAUUAUUAAAAAAAAUAAGGGUGGGUCAAUAAGUGUAUAUAACAUUAAUAAUGUCGUGUAGGUGUAGGUUUCUGGAUGCAUUUGGAUGUACAGAUUGACUGGAGGACUUUUGGGAUGAUUGGUGUAGAAAUGUGUGGGUUUGGGUGGCUUUUUACAUCUUGCCUACCAUUGCAUGAAACGUUGGGGUUUCUUCAAAAUGUGUGUGUCACACUUCUUUUGGGAGGGGUUGUCUUCUUCUUUUAUGAAACUUCUCCUUGAGCUAAAUUUGUAAUUUAGAAACAUUUAAUUUUGUUAAUCCUGUCUGGGACAUUUAAGUAACAUCUAAAGCAUUAUUGCUUUAGAAUGUUCAAAUAAAAUUUCCUGACCAAA